AAAACAAACCGAGCGGCCGCAGCUGCAGCAGCAGAAGGAGGCGGAGGCGGAGGCGUAGCCGGAGUCGGUGGCGCUGCGGGCCGCGGAGCUCGGCGCUGCCCAUUCAUUGCGCGGCCGCGGAGGAGGCGGCCGGAGCCCCGGUGCCCCUCGCCCGCGCGCACACAGCCCCGGCCCCGCCGUCCUGCCCGGCGCUGCAGCCUCCGCUCGGGACCCGCGCUCUCCCGGGACGUUCGCGCGAGCGGGGCGGAGCGGAGCGGAGACAGCGCGGCCGAGCCAGCGCCAUGCAGAGCUACAAGUACGACAAGGCGAUCGCGCCCGAGAGCAAGAACGGCGGCGGCCCCGCGCUCGGCCCCGGCCCGCGCAGAAGCGGCGGCAAGCGCGCGCUGCUCAUCUGCCUCGACCUCCUGUGCCUGUUCCUGGCCAGCCUGCCCUUCCUCAUCAUUGAGACGAGCACCAUCAAGCCUUAUCGCCGAGGAUUUUACUGCAACGACGAGAGCAUCAAGUACCCGCUGAAAGUCGGGGAGACCAUCAAUGAUGCUGUGCUCUGUGCGGUGGGGAUCGUGAUUGCCAUCCUCGCAAUCAUCACGGGAGAAUUCUACCGCAUCUACUACCUGAAGGAGAAGUCCCGCUCCACGAUUCAGAACCCCUACGUGGCGGCCCUCUAUAAGCAAGUGGGUUGCUUCCUCUUUGGCUGCGCCAUCAGCCAGUCUUUUACUGACAUUGCAAAAGUGUCCAUAGGGCGCCUGCGCCCCCACUUCUUGAGUGUCUGCGACCCGGAUUUCAGCCAGAUCAACUGCUCCGAGGGCUACAUUCAGACCUACCAAUGCAGAGGCCCCGAGAGCAAAGUUCAGGAAGCCAGGAAGUCCUUCUUCUCGGGCCAUGCGUCCUUCUCCAUGUACACGAUGCUGUAUUUGGUGCUGUACCUGCAGGCCCGCUUCACCUGGAGAGGUGCCCGCCUGCUCCGGCCCCUCCUGCAGUUCACCUUGAUCAUGAUGGCCUUCUACACAGGACUGUCCCGCAUAUCUGACCACAAGCACCACCCCAGUGAUGUCCUGGCAGGGUUUGCCCAAGGAGCCCUGGUGUCCUGCUGCAUAGUAUUCUUCGUGUCGGACCUCUUCAAGACCAAGACAACACUCUCCCUGCCUCCCACUGCGAUCAGGAAGGAGGUCCUCUCCCCUGUGGAUGUCAUUGACAGGAACAAUCGCCACAACAUGGUGUAGGUGCUGCCCGCCUCCUGCGUGGGUCCUGUAAAGUGACUGCUGACAGCAAGUUCUUGCUGCUCUCUCCAAUCUCAUCAGACAGUAGAAUGUAGGGAAAAACUUUUCGCCCAACUGAUUUUAAAAAAAGAAAAAAAAAAGUCUUACUUUGUGGCCUUCCAGAAUAGGUAGUGCUCACCUAUGUGGAAACGACAGCAGAAUGACACCGAGUGUGGAGGCGCAGAUGUGCAAUGGGUUCCGUGUUCAGUUCUAGUGAGCAUGGCCCGUUCAGGAGCGAGCAGUAGCAUGAUGUGAGCAGAGGCUGCUGGGCUCCUUGCGAGCUGAGAACCCCCAGGCCUGUGAGAAAAGCGCAAAUUCGCACGGUAGCAUGCGGAGCCAGAUCACACUGAGUGCAGAACUUGGCCGUGGGGCUCGCCUCUCCCAGCCCUCUGCCCAUCCCACUCAACUCUCCACUGUGACUUUAGUGCAGGAAGUUUUGUUUCGGUUUUUAAACAUAAGGAACGAGCAGGUUUGCUUGGUCCGGGGAUCAGACCCUGAAUCCAAAUCCCCAGUCCUAAGGCCUUCGUCACCUUUCCAGUCCACAGCCGCGGCCCCUCACAAUAGAGAUUAGGAGACUCUUUGUGGAAGAGUGAACUUCACAAAUAGCACAAUUUCAGAAGAGAUGGAGGGCACAAGCCCUCCUGUGUCUUCUUUGACUCGUCACCCUGUGGUGUGGAAAUGUCGCACACAGGAUGCCGAUGUGUACACGAAUCACCGGGCACUUCACACUUAGAAAUGGCUAGACUUUGGUUCUUGUGGUCUCCCUUGAAAUCAUUGUGUGUGCCUACGGGGAUUUCUGGUGAGGGUCCAGAGAUGAGCAGAGGCAUAGUCUGGCUUCUGUGCAAGACACAAGGGAGCAGAGGGGCAGAGGGAAAGGUGACCACCCUUUUGGCUACUGGAAGCCAGAAGGAGCCAGAAUGGCAGAUGGUUUCAGGCCUGACAGGCUGCCCUUCAAAGUAACGGAGUGGAGAGGGUCUUGGUGGGAGUUGCUCUUGCUGAGCUGUGUAAAGCACUAUUGUCUUGGGGUUGACCCCUAGGGCAGUUCUUGGUAGGUUCUGCUGGGCAGAACACAUGGGUUAAAUCUCCGCAGAGAGCUUUCCUCGUCCUCCAUCCACAAGUGUCCUUCCAAGAGAGGUCCCACUGUAGGCGGUAAGCAGGGACCCCUUCUCUUGAACCUCUGAGGAAAGGAGGAAGAAAUGCUUCUCAACCUUGGAUGCGAACCUUUCAAAGGGCUACAUGUAACCAAUGGGUCAACCACAUGCACAUCAUUACCACAGAAUCCGUCCUUUCAUUUCAACGUAUAGCAAGCUAUGAUUUUUAUAUAUAAAUAUUAUAUAAAUAAUGUAUAAAACAUUAAAAGUUAACUAUGUAAAAUAUUAUUUCUGAAACAAUUUUAGCUAUAUCCACUACGAUUAUAAACGGUGUCUUGACCUGUGUUAUUUACUUUAGCUGCUUAAAAAAGCAUUGAGUUAAUUUUUUAAAAUCUCGACUAAAAAUAUCGUAGCUCUGUGGUAGCCAUUGUUUUACAAUGAGAGAAAUAACUGCAACUAGAGAAAACUGUAUAAAAACAUUAAAUUGUCAGUAUUUUUGUAAGAUUCCAUUUUGUAAAGAGAAUAAUAUUCAAAGACUUUUGUAGCAUACAAAGUGAAAACUUGUAUCUGCGAAACUAUACUUGUAUUAAAUGUGCUUUUUAAAUAAAAGCUCAUAACACAACUAAGUAAAGCAUUGGAAGCCUG